AAUCACAAAUCAGUUGGAAUUCGGUUUAGAUUCAGAAACGACGUAUUUUAUUCAGUACCGGCAUUGUUAGAAAAAGAAGUGUCUUCUAUCGUUUUAUGUACAUUUGUUAACGAUUCAUUUUGGAACUAGGUUUAGAAUGGAUUAUCUCACUAUACUGGUGUUGGGUUUUGGUGCGGUUUUGAGUGCAAACACUGGAGAAAUAUAUUCUACCGCAAAUCCUUUGGAUGGAAAUGUUUCUUCAUCAUCAGCCCUUUUUGAUGCAGUUAAAAUGGAUAAAUAAUCCAUUCGCUUAUCCAGGUGAUGUGGAGCUCGUUGAGUCACUGAUCGAAGAAGGCGUUCAAGAUAAUCGUCAAGAUGAUGAUGGUAAAACGUCGCUUCAUUUUGCAGCUCAACGAGGUUUGAAUCAUGUCGUCGAUGUUCUAAUCAAGAAUGGUGCUGAUGUUAAUAUCAAAGAUAAUGACAGGGAAACUGCACUUUCGUUAGCUGCGGCGAAAGGAUAUGAAAAGGUCAUGGAAAUAUUGAUUAGAAGUGGAGCAGACGUCAAUUCGGAAAUUAAAUUCCGAAGAAGAACACCUCUUAUCAUUGCAGCGAUCAAUGGCCACGCAAAAGUCGUUGAACUAUUGAUCAAAAAUAGGGCAGAUGUCAAUUCCAAAGACGCUUUAUUUGGUACAGCACUUUCGCUUGCAGUCAAAAAUGAUAAUGACGAAAUCGUAGAAAUUUUGGUCGAAAAUGGUGCAAAUGUUGAAUCUUUUGAUGUUUUCAACGAAACGCCUCUUUAUAAAGCAACGAUACGUGGAAAUGCAAAAAUUGUGGAAAUCUUAGCUAAACAUGGAGCCAAAGUCAACGUUCAACCAGUGGGUUGUCGAACACCUCUGUAUGUUGCUGCUAAGAAUGGAAAAGAAAAGAUCGCUGAGAUUCUUGUGGAAAGUGGAGCUGAUUUGAAUAUCAGAUCUGAAUUGGAUAUGAAUACAGCAAUAGCCAUCGCCGCUCAAAAUGGCCAUGAGAAUAUAGUGAAAUUGCUCGUCAAAAGCGGUGCGCACUUGAAUAUUCGCAACGAAUUGGGAGAGACGGCAAUUUUUAAAGCUGUCGCAAAUGGCCAUGAGGAAAUUGUGAAAUUAUUAAUUGAAAGCGAUGCUGAUAUCAACAUUAAGAAUAGGUCCGGUCAAUCUGCACUUCAGCUAGCUGCGAAGAAAGGCUAUUCAGAUAUUGUUGAAAUGCUUGAUCGCUAUGGGCAAGAGGAGAAAAGCACACAUUGAAGUCAGAUUGUUGGUUCCGUGGAUUUUUAACUUGAAAAUGUUCAGAUGUUCCUUACAAAAUAGCUUAAUUGCACCUGAUCAACUAUAUUUUGCAGUUUGAUGUAAAACAAUUCCAUUAUUCAUUUAACAUAAAUGUUUCUCUCUUCAAUCAGAAUUCGAUGAAUAAACCUUGUUUACCAAAGAUUUCAUAAAUAAAAACCAAUUCGAAAUUUA